UUGCCUUUUUCAUUCACAGAUUCAAUCGGAACGUUUCCCACAUCUUCCUUACUAGCUACUUACGCAGACAAGUCAGAACUCAGAAGAGAAAGUUCAUAUUUGUUAUAUAUAUAGUUUUACACAUAUAUAUAUCAUCAUCAUCAUGAGUUACAGUUCGGAAGAAAGCGGGAGUACUCCAUGCAGCACAUCAAACAGAAAACUCAAGGGGGUGCGCCAACGAAAAUGGGGCAAGUGGGUGUCCGAAAUCCGAGUUCCGGGGACCCGAGACCGGCUUUGGUUAGGCACCUUCUGCACCGCAGAGGCGGCAGCGGUGGCUCGAGACGUUGGGUAUUAUUGCUUGCGUCGACCUUCCACGUUGGAAGGCCUUAACUUCCCGUUGAUGUUACCGUCUUGUGUGAGGGAUGAUAUGUCGCCCAGGUCGGUGCAGAAGGCAGCUUCGGAUGCUGGCAUGGCAGUGGAUGCUCAGCUGAUUGUCAACAUGUCCCCGCCGCCGCAGCCAGCUGGAACUGGAAGCAAUGCGGUUGAGACGACUGAGUUUUGGGAAAAUGGUUAUGUGGGAGAGACUUCGACUUUUACUUCUACUUCUAUGAGCAGCUGGGGAGGAGGACAUGGGUUUGGCAAUGGCGGUGAUCAUCAGGGGUGCUUGAGCAUUUCCGUUGAAGAUUAUGAUCUCUAAAUCUAAUUAUUAAGUGUCGUCAGUCAAAGUUAUACGGUUUUUUAUUUUUUAUUACAAAUGAAAUUUUGUACUAGUUUACUGGAUAAAUUUAAAUUCAGAUCGCGGUCUGGUGGAAGGGAAAGAUCCUAACCAUUAUAGCAACCCAUCACCGCUUGUAAUUAUGAGUUUGGUCCAUGGAAGCUUUAGCAAUGUUAGCAAAAAGUUAUUAACUAGAACUAUGCACGUGUUUGUGGGUAGAUUUGGUAGAAUAUAUAUGUAGCAUUGUAUGACACUCACCGUAAGACUAAGUCCUGCUAUGCCAAAGAAAUGGAAACAGACUGGUUAUGAUUUACAAUA